CGAGAAACCACGCACACCCGCACCAAUAUAACAACAUAUUUAGCCUCCAUAAGCAAAAAAAAAAUAUUUACUGGACCCAUUUUAUUCUCAUCUGUUCUCCUAGCUCACUCUGCUACCCAUGAAAUGAAAGCUCGCUGUACUUUCCAACAACAAUGAUAUACGAACCCCAUCGAAAAGACAGACCCCGAAUAACCAGCAAUUUAAACACGAGGGGCCACAGACUGGAUCUGUUGAACUCAAUAAACGAGGCCAUUGAAUAUGAGGAUAUGACCAACGGUCACCAGUCAACCAAUAGCUCCAUCCGCGAGGACGAUGAGUCCGUAGUCCAGAGCACAGGAAUUUCAGCACGAGUACUGUCUCGUCCUAAAGUAGCCACCAGGUUGUUACUAGGAGAGCCCUUACCAUUAACUUACCAAGUCCUCCCCUCUGAAAGCAUCGCCACUCCAGUUGAAUUAGGGUCUCCAGACUUUACACACAACCCAGAGCAUUAUUUAUACCAUCACACCUCACCACACCCUGUAAAGACUGAAACCCCAGAGCGUGAAGCCCGAGAUGAGGAGUUUGAGACCGAUGAUUCCAUGGAGAGGAUGAUUCGCGCUGCGAAGCACGAUAAGCGAAUCGAAAGAAGGCGGAACCGAAACAUAUUGGGCUCAAGCAAACUCCCCACAAGAGAUAUUUUAUUUCCUGAAUUUACAGCACCUCCAACGGAUCUCAUUGACGAAUCUCUACCAAACCCUGUUGAAGAAUCCACUCCCCUGGACAAGAACAAAACACGGAAUCUUAUUAGCAAAUACCUCGAGUACAAGCGAGCCAUUGCUCUUAAAAAUCAGAAACAAAACCAGAGUUUCCAGAAGCCCAAGACGGAGAUCACAAGGCCGCCGAGAGAUGAAAGCCCUUCACCCUCGCCGAAACUGUUAGAUGCCAGGUCACGUACAAAUUUUUCGGCAGAAUCGGCCAUACCAUCCUCUAAUCAAAAAAGCAGUGCCAGUGGCAGGCAAACGAGCUCAUGGAAGCAUGUGCAUGGUAGCGAGAAUAUGCCUUCCGUUAUCCCGGAAGGCUCUGCUCAUGGGUCUCCGUACCAAAGACCACACACUACGCAGACGCGUGGCAGAAACUUCCCCCCGCAUGUUGACGAGAACCGUCAUCCUGGUUCCGAUGCCAAAGCUACCGAAAACUCCCCUCGGAAAAAGCGCGUAUUGAUUGGAUGGUUACAAUCGCAACUCGCCGCUAUGGACAAGAACCCCGACCCCGUAAAAGAUGAAUUGAGUGGGCUACUUCAGUCCUUACUUGGAGAGACUUUCUCAGGUGAAGAGCAAGUGUUUAGUGCAACCUUGGGAGACACGGUUGUUUUUAAUGAGAGGCCCCCUGAGAAGACACAAGAAUCAGAAAUUCCUCGUUCCACAGCGGCUUCUGAUGACGUUCUUUCGGAAGCCCUGCUUAUGAUCCAGGAAAAGAAGUUGAACAAAAAAUUGGAGAGUCUAAAACGGGCGAUUAUGGAAGAAACACAGGUAGCCUCGACGCGUGAGGUGCCAAACAGACAACCGUUCAACGGGGUGCCUUGGGGUAUCCAGGCCAUCUCCAGGUGCUUUAUCCGAAUUUGUGAUCUGAAGAUUGCCAUAACUUUCUUGCUCUUUGCGAUGGUUUUUUUGAUGGUUUCGUGCUGUUUAGCAAACUUGAAUUUGUUUUACUGUUACUUUGCAUGCUAGUGGGGUGGAAAGGACAUGAUGGCCUAUAUUAUUGUAUAUUGAAAGUUGU